ACUGGAGCUUAGCGCAUAUCUACUCCACUCCGCAGCAGAGCGCACGCAGCUGACGCAUUUAACAAAUCUGCCAGAGGAAAAAAAAAAAAAAGAAAGAAAAAACAGUUGCUGCUCAGAAAAUGAAACGAGGCUUGCUUCUGGUGACUUUGUUCCUCAUCAUGAAACUUCACUUCAGUCAUUCCAGACGCGAAGAAACCGGAUCGCGCACAGCCUCCUCAGACCAGACUGUAAAAUUGGAAGAUCUGCAGCGGACCAUACUAAGGAGAGAGUCAGAGCCGGAUCCUGACAGCUUUUACGGGAUGCUGGGCAAAAGAAAUUCUGACCUGAAGCAGAACAUUCUAAGGAGACUGGCAGAGCCGGAUCCUGACAGCUUUUACGGGAUGCUGGGCAAAAGAAAUUCUGACCUGAAGCAGAACAUUCUAAGGAGACUGGCAGAGCCGGAUCCUGACAGCUUUUACGGGAUGCUGGGCAAAAGAAAUGCUGAUGAAGAUUCGAAAACUGCAGCAAAAAGGGAAACAGAUGAGCUGUUUUUUGGUCUUAUGGGAAAAAGAAGCUCAGACUCUGAUAAUAGUCCCUGGAGAAGAGAGUAUCCAGAACAGAGAGGUGUUUUUCUCAACAAGUUCAGACUGAGGUCACUUCGGGGGCUGUAGACACUCGGUCGCACAUUUUUCAGUUUGGCUUCAAUUGAAAAUCGCAGAGGAGCACAAACAGCCAACAAGUCUGAUGGAAAAACAGCCAAGCAGCUGGUUGAUGAAAGUAACCAUAAACCAAGCAGAUUGUAACUGUUUUACCUGAAAGACAAAGAAUAAUUACAAGCAGUGGCGGCUCCAGAGAUUUUUUUUCUGCAGGUUGCUUAGACGGGUUGCUCGAAAUUUCGAAUUAUGCCGGUCACUUGCGUCGGCUGGAUGAGUGCAAAAGGAUGCCGCCGCCUCAUCGCACAAAAUCAAGAGGGACAUUUCUAAAUUAUCACUUAAAACAAAAUGACUUAAACCUCCCUGAAUACCAAAACCUGAGAAACUGAGAAUCUUCAGACAUUUUUGGUUUGAGACAAUAAGACGUUAACUUUCUUUUAAUACACGCAUACAGUGGCGUUUUUUGAUAUGGACUAUCGGUAUAUGGGCAGUUGCCCAGGGCGACAUCAGUAACUGGUGGGGAAGCCAAGAACUAGAAAAUAAAAUAUAUAUAAUCUGCCAGUUGUCCCCUGAAUAUGUUUGCUACAACUUGUUUGUAUGUGUAGUGAAGUAAGUUAGUUGCUGUUGAGUACUGGAAGAAACUACAUUACCUGCUGCGGCAAAACAAAAAACGAAAUAAUUGCUUGCAUUUUAAUUGGUUGGAGUGCAGGGCACCAUUCCUGCAAGAUCCACAACUGCAUGCAUCAUGUAUUUCAGGCUUACAAUGUGAAUCAUAGUGAUUAUUCACAGCGUUAGAGUGUGAAUAAUCUGAUUACACUUUUAAUCCAUUGGCAGUACUGCUUCUUUUAUUUAAUGAUGGUGAAUCUUUCUGCAAGCUUGUGAUUUGGAAACUCAAAUAUGGCAUCACAUGAUGGGAUUCACUUAAAAAUGUGUAAUUAUGUUUAUCACCACACUGAAACAGAACAGCUUGCUUUUAAAAGCACAUUAGGACUUU